AUGUCUUUUAGUUAAGAAACUUCUCUUAUAGUUUAUGAAGACCAUCAGAAAAAAAUCAAAAAGAUUAAAAAAGAUCAAUAUGAAUUAAUAUCUCUCACUUUAAAAAAGAUAAGUAUGCCAAAUCAAGAAUUCGAAAAACUAAAAUAAUUUAGGUUCAUGAACAUCCUUCCCUAUGAAGAAUAUUCGGAAUAUAAAAAUAUCCAUACUUUAAUAUAUCCAGAUUAUUAAUAACACAUAUUAUAAUAUAGUCGAAUAGAUCAUAAUGUAGCCAAAAUAGUGGUAUUAUAAUUAGCCUUAUGUAAAAUUAUAUUUACACUUAGUAUUUGCUGAAUUAGAAAAUCGAAAGCUAAGAUGGAAUUUAAAUUCUAUUAAUUAAUUAUAUUUCUAUGAAGGCCUUGUUUAUCUUUCUUUGCUUGAAUAUGACUUUGUAAAUACAGAUUUUACACUAUCUUAAUUUGAAAUAUUUAAAAAAUUCGUUUUGAAUCAUUUUGCCUAAGAAUUUAAAGAAAUUGUUGCUGUAAUUUAAGAUAAUAGUUCUUUUAAACCUAUUAUAACAUUUCUUUUAAAAAUUAAUGGGAAUUUUGAUUAAAUUGAUCACUACCAUACUCCAUAUCAAAAUGUACUGUAAUAUUUAUUCAAAAUUAAUAAAUUUUAAACUAUAUAUGAUUGUCAUCAAUCUGUAGUAAAGUGUUUUGCUAGACCUAAAAAUUUUAUUUUGGCAGAUAAAAAUUAAGAUUAAGAAAUGGUUUACAAAACUCAACGAAUUAUAGUAAAUAACGAAUUUUCUUAAACUAAUACAUAAAGAGAAAUUGAAUUUUUAGAAAAAUUAUAUAAAAAAAACUUUAUUGUUAAUGGAUUUGCUUAUUUGAGAAUAAAUGAUUACGUUUUUAUUUUCAUGAGAAAAUAUUAUGGUACUCUUGCAGAUAAAUUAAAAAAUUGGAAAUCUUAAAAUAUAGAUUAAAAGAUAUCCAUUCGAGAUAUCUUUAAAAUUAGCUUUAGAUUUUUAUCUUGUAAUUAUCAAUUAUUAAAAUAGCUCUUAUGGAAUUAUAGAAGUUGAAUAUUAUGCAUAGAGAUUUGAAACCAGAAAAUUUAUUCUUAGAUAAUUAAAAUUUGGAAGAAGCUAAUAUUGCAAUUGGUGAUUUUGAUCGUUCAAAAUCAAUAGAAGGUUUUACAAAUGAUUAAAUGACUUUUGAACGUUAGAGCAAUACUUAAAAAUAUGAUGCUCCUGAAACAUUUUAUUCCUUAAAAUAUGAUAUUUUUCAGUAUGCAUUAAUCAUUUUAACCGUUGCCAAUAAAGGGAAUUAUAUUGGAAAUUAACAAAUAGGUUGUAAACAUAUAAACAAUGAAGAACACAAUUCUUACUAUAGUGAACAAUCUUUAUUUUAAUAUUUGGCUCAUACUUAAUAUCCUCAAUAAUUUAUUAAAAUUAUUAGUAGUUGUUUAAAAAGAAAUCCUAAUGAUAGGCCAACAAUUGAAUAACUACAUUAAUAAAUAAGUUAAUUAUAUUUCCAAAAUACAAUUAGAAUUCAAUCAGUAAAUUAUAAUUAACAAAUUAAUCACACUGUUAUCGGUGAAAAACCAUAAACUCUACAAUUAUAAUCAUAAGUAAGUCCAUAAAAUUCCCCAAUUAUUGCAUAAUAAUAAUAAUAAUAAUAAUAAUAAUAAUAAUAAUAAUAAUAAUAAUAAUAAUAAUAAUAAUAUGAAUAAUAGAAAAAAGGCAAAAUUAAAAUAUACGAAAUACAAUGA